GUCAUUCAAGGAAUGCAGAGAAUUGCAAGACGUUUCUUUGCCACGGAGGCAGCAGCUGAGCUCGAAAAAACGGCUGCAGAGAAAGCAACUCAAUUACAGAAGCAGUUUUCUGAGGAAUGUGCUGCUAUCAUGAAGACGCGAGGACAUCACAAACUUCAAAUGGGAACCGUUGUUUCCAAGAAUGGAAGCGAAAUGAAGUUUGAUUUCACUUAUGGAUGGCCGUUCCGUUAUUACUGCGUUUGCAAUAUGGGUACAGAAACUGUUACGAAAGAGGCGAUGAAGAAGUUCGAGCAAAGUUUGGAAAAGGUCGGAGUGAGCCCCCAUCACGGCGUUUACUUUAGCAAAGCUCCCUAUGAGGGAAAUCCUGAGGAGUUGCGAGUGCUGUUCGUUGAUUCCAAAUUGCUGCAGAAGAUGAACUUGGACGGCAACUCCCGUGCAGUAACGCAAUACAAGGUGAUGUUUUUCUGUGUUUUAGCAAUGUCAUACCUGACCUGGACUUUCUUCUCUUACAAAAACCCGCAGCGUCGUCGUCUGGUGGAGCGUUGGCACCGCUACGUCCUCAAGGACAACAAGACCUCCGAGGAACUCUAUCCCGAGGAGCCAGAGAAGAAGAAGCACCAAGCGAUUUUGCACAAAGCGGAGGACGCUACGGCGAAAUCUUCGGCUGUUACUGAGACUGUCGAGGAGGAGGAGAAGAAGAAGGAGGAGGAGGAAUUGAAAAUGACGCCGGUGGUGGAUCCCUCGCUUCUGAAGGAUCAGGAAGAGAAGGAGAAGGACGAGAAAGACGACGAGGAAGAGGAGGACGAGGAGGAGAAAAAGGAAGAUGGAGAGAGUGCAGGAGGUGUGUGGGAGUCGAUUAGCAGCACAUUCUGGUGGCUUUUGGGCUAUAAAAACUAGUUGUGAUAGUAGUGGCAAAGAUGAACGAAUGAACGAAAUGAGAAU